CAAGCUUCUUUGAUUCAAUGGCCACCAAAGAUGCCUUUUCUGCAUAUGCCUUGAACCAUCUUCUGUGUCUGAACCAAAAGUACAAAUUCAAUAUUACACCAACUGAGUUUCUGAUUCUGGCAGCCAUGACUUUCAGUGGGGGAACAAAACCAACUUGUGCCCCUGAAAAGAAGUUCAAAUACAAACAAGUGAACCCUGUCCUGAGGAGUCUUAUUAUAGGCGGAUCAUGGUUUCAGAAAGUGGUAGACUGGACCCAUUUCCUUGCCCAGUUCCUGCAAAUCAGUGAAGAGUUCCCAGAACCCAAGGAUAUAUACAUUGGACGCUACUUUAUACUUUAUUACCAUUGGAUCAUUGAAGGAAUUGGUCAAGUUGUGGGGAAACUUUGGAACAUUGUCCAAAACAACAGCCUCCUCAGUGCAGGUGUGAAAAGAAUCUUUAGGGACUGUCUGAACAAAUUCCAUUUUGUUGAGGAGGCAGAUGGGAAUGAAGACUGUAGUAUAGAUGGAGCUGAGGAAGAGGAAGCUUUACUUGCAGAUGAUAUAGGAGAAUUUGACGAAGACCCUCAAGAUAUAUUACAUCCUGACUCCGAAGGUAUUGAGGAACUGCCCAUAUUAAAGUACAGAGACAUAGUGAUUGAGCAUAUUGCCACUCAUCGUGUCACUUGUAUAGAAGGGGAGACAGGGUCUGGGAAGUCCACUCAAGUGCCACAGUUUAUACUGGAUGACUACCGGAGAAGAGGAGUGGGCAGAAAGCCCAGUAUUAUUGUCACUCAGCCAAGACGUAUGGCCGCCAAAACCUUGGCAGAGAGGGUGGCGAGAGAGAGGCACACCACAUUGGGGACAGAAGUAGGUUACAAGAUAGGCCAAGACUACCAGGCCAGCAAUAGCACCAGCAUACUCUUUGUGACAACAGGGUUUAUUAUCAGGCCAGAGAUGAUUUUUGUGCAUAACUCUAGCAGAUGGAGGGAAAUGAUUAUUCAGUCUUAUGACUAUUACUACUAUGACGACAACGACGAUGACUACAGUUUUCAUGUUUGUUUUAGGCCCUGGUUCAUGACCCUGCCAGGCUGA